UGACGUUGUUUCCAUAUUAAUCCAGUGACUUAACAGCGCUGUCGCUUUAUUUCGCUGCAAUUCUAGUUUAAAAUGCCUACACUGAAUGAGAUUAAAGAUCUUGUGAUCAAAUACGUAAUGUUUUGUGUGACGGUUCCGCCGCGACGUAGACGGGGCUCUGCCAUUGUUAUCCCAGGCAACUUUGCCGUGCCCCUUGCCGUGCCCGUUGCAGUGCCCUUUGCAGUGCCCAUUUCACUUCCAGCUGCUCCUGUUUUGGCCCCUGCUGCAGCCGGAAUUAUGCGGCCUCUACUGUACUUUAACCCCGGGGCCGGGGGCGACUGCAUUGAUGUGGACAUAGAUUUCGAAUUCGAAAUGGAACCCAGGCGAAGAAUUCCACACAGACUAAGACACCUGUCUGGAGAACAGAGAACUGUAUAUCCGGAAUAUCUCCGCUAUGUCCGCCGCCUAACCACCUCGAUGGAAGACAACGUCAUCUCAGAGAGCGUCUGCCUUAUUAUUACGAUGACAAGGGCGAGAAAGCUACGGGGUCGCCUUGAUUGCCAAUCAUUGAAUACACAAUAUAAAAAAAAUCUGCGUUUUCUUUGUAAUGAUUUAAUUUUGGGUUUAAGACAAUUGUUCAUUAUAAAAGACGAAGCAAUUUUACCUGCUCGAACAUUAUGAUUGGAUUGUGUGCUUUCAACAAAGCCUUAAUGUAAGCCAUAUAGUCCAGAUAAUCAAUUGAAAGGUUGUAUGACAAACUGUAUUGUGGCCAGUUCUUACUUUGCUUUUUCCUUUACAUUUAAUUUAUAAUUCCAUAUUUAGUAGACAUUGAUCGGCAACCGUCGUUAAAUCUGCUAAAUCGAAUAUAUUAAAAAUCCUAUUGCCUCAGCUAUUGUUUUUGUUUGAAUA